AUGCUGCAUCACGGCCACGGCGACCGCUACGGCAAGUACGGCCCGUCGCGCGAAAUUGCGGACUUCGAGUACGCUGAUGGCACCCCGUCGAGUAUUAGCGGCAAGCGGUUUGCCCUCAAGCAUCACCAGGACCACCUGUUAGUGCAGCUCAUCCGAUCCGCAGCGAUAGUGGAGCGCUUCGAAGAAGAGGAGCUUCUGCCACGUAUUCCGGGUACGCCAGAGCAGCGCAGCUGGGACCCAGAGAUUCCGCUGUUCCUCGAGGACGUGGACGAGUUUGGCCGCCCACCGCGACCUGUGGCAGGUGACAUGGUGACGCGCGUUAUCGAGGAGCGCUUCGCAGAGGAGAGCGGCCGCACGCCGGUCAACUUAGCGAACAAGCACGCUGGCGAGGUGCUGGAGCCGAACACGAUGUUUGCCACGUACGACCCCGCUGCCUUUGUCUCCGACGCCAUAAAGAAAGAUGUGCGGCGACCCUUCUGGUCGCGUCGCCGGUGGGCGCUGAGCGACAACUUCAUGGUGCCGAUGAGCCCCAAGGCGAAGAACACCAUCAAGGACGAGUGA